AUGUUACACUGUCUCUACCCAGAAUGAUCUGUAACUGAGAAGAAAGAGGGGAAAGGAGGGCCUGGGACAGCGAAUCUGUCCUCCUUGGUGAUACACGUGUCCUUCACUCCCAUCCUGGAAGACUCUGUGCUGGAUACUGGAGUGGGGGCAGAGGGAGUCGGUUAUAGAUAGAGGGGCAAACUGUGUCUUCAUCACUCCAUGAUUCCAGCUGCUGAAAUUCACAUGAGUUCCAGCUAUCAUUCCUUCUCUCCUGCCCUCUCUCUCCUUCUCCACACCAUGCCCUCAGACAGCUGCCUUCUAGUCCUGGCGGUCUUUCCAACACAGGAGUCUGACCACAUCCCUCUCCUGAUUAGACCUAAAGCCCUAGAAGAAGCCCUGGCUCCCCUAUAUUUAACAAGUAGUAACAGUGACUGUCCCUGCAGUGCCUUUGCCUACCAUUGA